CGAUAACUGUUCCAGAAUGAGACCACUCCGGACUAUAUAAGACAGCGUAACAUCAUUGGGGAAGAACAUACAGAAGAGAAGCAUUUGUCUGUUAUACCAAAAUGAAAUCCGCUCUAGUUUUCCUGUGCCUGGCCCUGUUUGUGGGAGUGUCCUACGCCGCAUCUAUCUGCAAUCCCGAUGGCGAUGGCAAACCCGACUGCACUGGUCGUGCUGGACUUGUUACAAGAGACUUCUGGGAUCCCACCCACUACUGGGUCUGCGACAGCUCUGGCAACGCCGUGCUCGAGGAAUGCCAGCAGCAAGGAUUCGAUCCCAAGACUGGGGGUUGCGUCGACUGGGCCGUGUGGCAAUGGUAUGCCCCAUGCCCCUAAGCACUAUUGACAAAUAAAAGCUGAUGGAAUAUAAAGUAUACAUAUAUUACGAAA